AGAGCACCCAAAGAUGAUUGUGUUUUAAGUAAUAGAGAGAGAAAGAGAGGAGCUGCUCUUGUUUUGUUUUAUUUGGGUAGAGUGGUCUUCCAAAGGUUUUCAAAUUGCAGCAUAUAUAAGAAUGGACGCCGGAGAGGGGGGGAUGGCUAGCCGAGAUCAAGAGCAUCGAAUUUCUAUUCCUGAUCAUAAUAAUAAUGCUGGUGGAUCUGGUGUCAGUGUCGGCCCCGGAUUCAUUAAUGAGGAGUACCUGAGUAGUCUUCCUAGCGAUCCACCGGAUGCGGACGAGGAGUGGAUUAGAGAGAUGGAGGACAAAAUUGAUCGUGCAUUCAAAGAUUCGACAUUACUACCGGCCUGGUAUUUUAAGAAAGAAACAAAACCUAAGAUUUGCAAGCUGCCGCUGCGUGACAGGAUCUCUCAGCCAGGGUCGGAGACAGAAGGGGGGCUUUCUCAGCCAAGCGUGGUGGGAAUAGGGCCAUUUCAUCAUCAGCUCCAUCGGCAGGAUAAGAUAAGUAUUUCCGACAAGGAAAAAUUUUUGAUUGUGGGCCUCAUGAAUUCUUUGUGUGGUCUCGACUUGGCGAGCUGCCUUGUAAAGAUAAAAAAUCAAGUAGCAAAUGCUCGCAACAGCUACAAGUUAGAUGUAUCUGAUCAAAGCUCCAGUUUUAAAGAUGACAAAAGUUUCGCAGAGAUGCUGCUGCUUGAUAGCUACUUCAUCUUGUUUAUGUUGACCAUUAAGUUACGUAAAGGACUGGCACGUUACACAUUGACGCCGCCAACACCUAAUAAGUUUACAGACCCGCUUGCGUUGUCUCAAGACGACCCGUCUAAAUUUCUCGACAUCAUAUUCAACAAAGAUGAGAUCGCACUUGAUCUACUGAUCUUUGAUAACCAAGUCCCUUUCUUUGUGAUCGAGGAGCUAUUUAAGGAGCUCGAGUUGGAGAAGCCCCUCCAUGAGUGCGCCCUCGAGUUCUUCGAGACAAUCCAUCCGAGGUCCGCCCGACAUUGCAUGGACAAGAGUAUUAGUCCUCCCGAAUUCCUACAUCUACUCGAUCUUUUCCACUGGUCUCGGGUCCCACAGAACAAGUACAGCUUGCCUGAUCAACGGCAAGAUUCUAUGUACUGGGGACGCGACACUCCGAAUGCGAGGGAACUUACAGAAUCCGCAACAAUGUUUGAAAAGAAGACGAACGGCAGCUCACUAGAUUUCACAUUUCGGAGACAUUGGUUUAGAUGCAUUAUUGGGGUGUUCGACAUCCCAGAGCUACACAUCUGCAACUAUAGCAGCCUCAUCUUCCAUAACCUCAUCACCUUCGAGAUACAAUCCUCAAGCCGGGGCCGCUGCACCAUGGCCUUUUCUGCACUUAUGCGCAACUUGCUGCAAAGAGAGGAAGAUGUGAAGCUGCUUCGGCAAAGAGGCAUUUUGGCGAGCUCGUCCAUGGCCGACAGACAACUCAUUGAUCUCUUUGCGCGCUUGAGCAGAUUGACUGAAAACCAUCAAAUGCCAAAUGAUCUGUUUAACAUAUGCCAGCAGGUCCGUUCUCACCACGACAACCCAGUGAAUCAGUUCUGCGGCAGCAUCAUUAUCCGAUACUUCCCCAGCCCACUGGUCACUCUUACCGUUUUUGGUGCAAUCUUGCUUUUUAUUCCCACCCUCUUGCAGACCAUAUAUGCUAUGCUAUGAUCAGUUACUACCAUGGUUGAAUGCUCUACAUGUUUUUUUUGAGAAUUAAAAAAAUGCUCUACAUGUUAUUAUCUACAAUGAUAAUAAUUUGCUGAAAUAAAAUAUGUAUUGUACUACCAAAUCGGCUGUUGUUAUAUUAAUUUACAUGUAACAUUCCCUGUACGUUGCUACCUAGUUUGGUGUUCU